AUGUCGUCUUCUUUGCAAGAGGAAGACAUUGACAAUGAAUUAUUAAUAGAGGAGGUAGAGAAGAGGCCUGCAUUAUAUGCAAAAAAUUUAAAGGAAUAUUCCGAUAUAAUUUUAAAAAGAAGAUUAUGGGAUGAAAUAGUAUUACACUUGUUUCCAACAAGAAGUUUAUCACAGGAACAAAAAGAAAAUGCAGUUAAAGUGAUACAACGUCGUUGGAAAAAUUUAAGAGCAUGUUUUUCGAGGGAGCUUCGUUGUCAAAAAGACGUAAAAUCAGGGCAAGCUGCACCUAAACGAAAACGAUACGUGUACUUUGAUAAGUUACUGUUUUUGGUACCUUCUAUGGAGCCAGGGAGAGAAACCUCAAGUAACGUGACAUCGCUUGACGAAGAAGCAAUAAGUGAGAACGAUUCUUCUACACCAGCAAUAACACGACCAACAAAAGAAAAGAAGAAGAAUAAAAGUUACGAAGAAUCUUUAUUAGAAAUAUUAAGAGAUAAAACCAACCACCAAGACAUUAAGACACCACCAGACUCAGACAAUUAUUUCGCGUUAUCAUUGGUUCCAUUAUUAAAGUCAAUUCCACCAGAUCAGAAAAUUGAUGCACAGAUUGCGAUUUUGAACACCCUAAAAUAUUAUACACAAUGUAACUAUAAUAAUUAUAAUUCUACUGCUGCAACAUACAUUCUUCCUCAACCACAACAACCUCGUAUAAUUUCGCAACAAAUAAUAUCCCCAGCCCAACCAGCACCAGCUCGUAUACUUCCUCAGCCAAUAAUGUCUACAACCCAACCACAAUCUCAACCACCACCACCACCGCCUCGUGUACUUUCACAACAAUAUUUCAAUCCCUCUGCACUCUCUACAUCUACUCAAUCUUUUUAUGAUAAUAUGUCUCCCCCGCGGUCGAACGAAACUGUACGAUCAUAUGUGUCAAAUUACUCUGUAGAUGAUUGUGAUAUUGGAAAUUUUUAUGCCUCUGACUAA